UGCUCCGCCAGUAAUGCGAGCCCCAGGGCGGGAGCUGCAGGGAGCUCUGGGUCCCCUCCCAGUCCCUGGACGUCCUCCCGCUGGGCAGAGCUGGCCCAUAGAGCGGAUGCAGGUAAGAGAGGCCUGGGGCUUAGGCAGGCUAGGGAGAGGGGCGGCCUGGAACCCCGGGCUCCUAUCCUCCGGAGCCAAGUCCUGGCGUCAGGCCCCAAGCGAGCAAGACCGCCUCUGUAGCAGGCCGGUGGGCUGCAGCUCCCUGCACGCCUCCCCCAGGAUGCAGCCGGAGGCCCGGGUGUCUGCGGAGGGGAUGGCCGCGGGGUCCCGGCGGGGUGACUGCAUCAUCUGCUACUCUGCCUAUGACCUCGAGGGCCACCGGCCGCACCGUCUCUACUGCGGCCAUACCUUCUGCCAGGCGUGCGUGCGGCGGCUGGACACUCCAGCGGGUGAGCAGCGCUGGAUCUCCUGCCCACAGUGCUGCCAGAGCACACCCACACCCCGGGGAGGGGUGGCCCUGCUGGACCUCGACCUGAACGCCUUCCUGGCCGUGAGGGCUGAGCGGGAGCCAUCUCGCAGGGAGCCCCCUGCACCCCCCAAGGGCAGUGCCGCCAUCACUCAGCAGCCGGCCAGGCUCUGUCCCACCCUAGGCCCCCAGCCCCACUUCCCCCAGGCCCGGGGCUGCUGCGGUCUCUGCUGGGACGCCCCUGGCGGUCCCGAGGUCUGAGCACUGGUGGCUGCCCCUCCUGUCAGGGGAGCUGCCGCCCACAGCCCAUCCCAGGAACCUCUACCCGUGGCACAGCCAGCCUGGAGCAGCCUGGGGGCCGAGCAUCAGGUAGGCUGCCCUCCACGGACUUCCCCAGGCCGCAGCCGCAGCUUGGAAGCUGUGCCCCCACUACUAGGAGACUCUGCAAAGAGGCACGGGUGACCUCCUGCUGCUCUUGGCCAGGAUUCCAGGGCCUCAAGCUGGGCUGACUGUGUGUAGGGGGAGGCUGCUGCGGUCACGUGCAGGCCCAGCCUCGGCUCAAGUCUGAAGAUGCCUCCCUGGGUGUCCGGCUGCAGGCCAGAGGGUUGGGGUCUGGCCAAGUCUGUGCCUGGUCGUGCUGGAACCCGCCUCCCCGUCCCUAUACAAAGUCCCAGCGGUGUGAGCCAGACAGAGACGGACCACCUCCUUCACCCUCGGCCGGCCAAGCAUCCCUGUGAGGAUCACUCCUUCAGCGAAGCCCAGGGAGCACCAGCUGCACGUUGGCCGCUACUCCAGGAGGCUCUCCUGCAGGCACAAAGUCCCCGCUGUGACAGGUGUCCGAGGAGAGGGCCCUGGCGGGGCCAGCUCCAGGCCCAGAGAGGGUGGGGGCCCACCCAGGGUUGCACAGCCACCCCCCACCACGGGCCCUUUUUCUGGCCCUCGGCUCCCUGCUGCCUCACAGUGGCCCCCCACAGGCCCUUCCAAACCCUUCCAAGGGGUCAGAGCAGGGCCGGGGGCUGCGGACACAGACACCCUCCCAAGUCAGGCUGCAUUGUCCCCAUCCCCACCCAGAAAGGAGCUGCCCUCCGACCCUCAGAAGCCUCUGGGAGGGACUGUUGGGUCUGUCCUGGGCAGUGGGUGCAGGACAGGGAGAGAGAAGAGAAUCUGCUGAGAGGACACUCAGAGACCUCCUCCUUCUCUGGGGCAAAGUCUCCCAGGCACAUGGCGAUUGGAGGGCAGCAACCAGACGAGGGUGCUGUGGGCCAGCAGGCCCCCUGGGGUGACCAGGCC